AAACCUGAACACCGGAGAAUCUCUCUCUGACAAUUUCUGGUAAGUGGGAGUGAUCAGUAAUCGUUUUCAAUCCUAUCUGAAUACCCAAAUCUCUGCAUUUCAACUGAAUUUUGCCCCCAACAAUGGCCGCCAAACCACAUAUAUUUACGGGAUUAACCCUCGCGUCCACGCCUGCCUCUUCUUCCUGCUCUAACAGCCUCAGUCUAUGUGUGGUCAAGAGGCCUCUCACGACGUCAUUCUUCGGUGCCGGAGUUGGAGCACUAAAAGUUGAGGUAGUCAAGUCAGCUCGUUCCAAUAAAAUUCGUGGUGGUGCUCUUGGUGCCCGUAUGAAUCUUUUUGAUCGAUUUGCUAGAGUUGUCAAGUCAUAUGCCAAUGCAGUCAUAAGUUCCUUUGAAGAUCCUGAGAAAAUUUUGGAUCAAACGGUGAUUGAAAUGAGUGAUGACUUAACAAAGAUGCGUCAGGCCACAGCACAAGUAUUGGCAUCUCAAAAGCGGUUGGAGAAUAAGUACAAAGCUGCCCAACAAGCUUCUGAGGAUUGGUACCGGAAGGCACAAUUUGCCUUGGAGAAAGGAGAUGAGGAUCUUGCACGUGAAGCUCUAAAAAGGAGAAAAUCUUUUGCAGAUAAUGCUAAUUCUUUGAAAGCUCAACUCGAUCAACAGAAAGGUGUUGUUGAAAAUCUUGUCUCUAAUACACGGCUUCUGGAGAGCAAGAUACAGGAAGCAAGGUCAAAGAAAGAUACCCUGAAAGCACGUGCACAGUCUGCAAAGACUCAAACCAAAGUAAGUGAAAUGUUGGGAAAUGUCAAUACAAGUAAUGCUCUUUCUGCGUUUGAAAAGAUGGAAGAGAAAGUGAUGGCAAUGGAGUCCCAAGCAGAAGCUCUUGGUCAGUUAACUUCUGAUGAUCUAGAAGGAAAGUUUGCAUUGCUAGAGGGCUCGUCAGUUGAUGAUGAUCUAGCAAGCUUGAAGAAGGAACUUUCUGGCAGCUCAAAGAAAGGCGAACUUCCACCGGGAAGAAGUGUCAGUGCCAGCUCAAACACACCAUACCCCUUUCGAGAUGCUGAGAUAGAGAGGGAGCUCAAGGAAUUGAGACAGAAGGCUAAAGACUUCUAAUUUUUAUGUGCAUUGAUCAAAAUAUUGGUAGUCUACUCUCUACUCCCUACUACAAAAGGCAAAUUCAAAUUUUGCUUUAGUUUCAGCUGUUUUUUACAUAUUUGUAUAGGGAAAGGACAAACAAAGCCCAUCAGUUUGGUAUUAGAUUAUAAAACCAAACUUGAAUUAAAUUGAUUCUAUGGUGUAUGUAAGCAGCCUGAGCUUCAUGCUUAUGUAAACUAGCUUUUGGAUUAUGUAUGACACCCCACAAAAUGUAUAUUAAGAUUAAUUUUGACAA